GAGUUUUACAUAAUGUUUGGAGAUGAAUGUUUUCAAAACAUGACUUAGAAAGGCAAGCAAAAAGCCGCAGUCCUCGCUCGACAAUUAGAGCAGUGGUUUAGUUACAGAUAAAGGUCAAAAAUGACUUUUUUAAUGGUCAUAAUAAAUUGACACUAGUCAUCAGUAUUUGUGUGCAAUGGUGUCGACAAUUGAAGGUGUGAAACAUUGAAGUUCAGAACACGCGUUCAAUCUUCAGCUUUAUCUUGGCUACACUCUAAACAGGAAAACCGAUAAAAUCCACAAAUAAGUCAACAAAAAGGACCUCUAAUUCGCUUAAUUACGUUGUAAAACGUAAAAACACGCACACAUACACAACACAAUCGCCGAAUGAUCUACAAACACAAAACAUUUGCCAUAGACAUGUCGAGUGUGGUGGUGUUCGUAUUUUUACUGGAUAAUUUAGCAGGUUUUAACAACGCUUUAAAUGAUACCCUGAUAAGUGGAGCAAUAUACACACAGAACAAUGAACCCCCAGACAUACAAAACUGUGACCCCGUCACCACCGAGCAGAUCCUAAGCGCAGUCAGCCAGGACCUAGACUUAGACAUAGUCCCCACCUUCAGAACUAGCGACAAUAACAACUACAACCCGGUCGAAACUGAACAGUUAAGGGAACAGUCGCCAGAGGAAGUUUACAAUACAAUGGUCGAUAAUUCGUUACAUGAAGUAGACCCAAAAGACGAGUUCUAUCAAAAACAAUUAGACGGCAACGUCUACGAUACUGAUUUCACUCCAUUUUAUAGAAGAUCGCACCUGGACCACCCGGAAAAUGAUCACAAAGCUUUCAAACCCGUUGAAGAUGUAACUAGGAAUUUUACUAAAAUCCAGUAUCCGAAAACUGCGCCAUUUUUGGUGGCCAUAUUUGAAACAUUGUCAAAUAUUACCGCACAAACGUGUGCGGGUACGUUGCUGUCCCCGCAUUGGGUGCUCACUGCUGCAAACUGUGUGGAUAUAUUGAGCAACUUGUAUAACAAUGGUUCGAUUGCCACAAACAAAAGUCACUACACGGUAGUGGCUGGGUCCCACAACCCGCUGCUGGACGGGUCUGCUCACAACGUGACUUCAGUUCUGCUGCACCCUGAAGUCAAUCUGACCCACCCGCUCCACAAGGGCCUAGGUGUGGACGGGCCCUACCUGGCGCUGAUGAAGAUCGAGCCAGAGGCUGAAGUGCCCUCCUUCCAGCUGAUACCAGAGGAAGCGAUCAGUGGGGAGGUUAUGGUCUACGGAUGGAUCUUAUCUAAAAACGAGACCGAGCAUGACUCUUUGAACUGCACGUCAAUGUCGGGGCUGAUCCUGACGUCGCCCGAGUGCCAGGCCAUGUACAGCUACCGCGCCAAUGACGUCAUAUGCUUGCUCAAUAACGAUACCGAAAAAAAUACUACUCAGUUAAGUUCUGGCGGCCCAGUGAUGAUGGAGCAUGAAGGUCAAGUGAAGCUGCUGGCGGUGGUGCAGACAGACGAGCACCUGUUCGUGGCGUACCCUCUCGCGCAGCACAUCGCGUGGAUCAACCAAACUAUCUAUAAUAAAUCAUAGCUGUAAUGUUGU